AACCCUUAACCUUAACCUUCCCACAUAUAUAUAUAUCUUCUAAUUCAGAAAAGCUAGCUCCCAACUACAUCCCACACUUUAAUACUAUAACUAACAUCCCAACACCAUUCAUGGAUUGGACUAGAGGCCACACCCUCGGCCGCGGCUCCACCGCGGCCGUCUACAUCGGGGAGUCCCACCGGUCCGGUGAAGUGUUUGCCGUGAAGUCUGCGGAGCUCCACCGGUCGGAGUUCCUCAAAAGGGAGGAGAGGAUUCUUUCAACACUGAAAUGUCCUCAAAUUGUGGCCUACCGAGGCUGUGACAACACGUUCGAGAACGGCGUGCAGUGGUUCAACAUGUUCAUGGAGUACGCGCCUCACGGGACCCUGGCGGAGCGCGGUGGCGGGAUGGAAGAAGCGGUGGUGGGGUCCUGCACGCGCCAAAUUCUGCAGGGCCUGAACUACCUUCACUCCAAUGGGAUAGUGCAUUGCGACGUGAAGGGGCAGAACGUGUUGGUGACGGAGCAAGGGGUGAAAAUUGCGGACUUUGGUUGCGCUCGGAGGGUGGAGGAGUCAUCGUCGGUGAUCGCCGGCACGCCGAGAUUCAUGGCACCAGAGGUGGCGCGUGGGGAGCAGCAGGGGUUCCCUGCUGACGUGUGGGCACUUGGGUGCACUGUGCUGGAGAUGAUCACCGGGACGCCGCCGUGGCAAGGCGGCGGAGACCCGGCGGCGGUGGUUUAUAGGAUUGGAUUCUCCGGCGAGUCGCCGGAGAUACCUGGUUAUGUGUCGGAGCAGGGGAGGGACUUUUUGGGAAAGUGUUUGAAGAGGGAGCCCGGUGAAAGGUGGUCGGUGGAGGAGCUUCUUGGACACGGUUUUGUUAAGGAGUGCACGGAAUUGAAGUUGUUGGUGUUGGAUUCGGACACUCCCACUGGUGUGUUGGAACGAGGUUUUUGGGAUUCACUGGAGACAGCUCAGCAUGAAGCACUUGAUUGUCCCUCUCCUAGGGACAGAAUUCGUAGGUUGUUUUCGGAUGAGCCUGUUUGGGCAUCGAACGAUGGCGAAUGGGUCACUGUGAGAGGCAAUGAGAUCCAUGACAUACAUUUGGAGGCUGAGGGUUUGUUCUUUCACCAAACCAACACUACUUUUUGUAAUGUCGUUAGUGAUGAAGACAAUGUUUUGGUAACUUUUUGUGAUCCUGAAAUUGUAGAAUCAACUGCAGCUGAAUUGAGUAUUAGUGAUAAUGAUUGUUAUCUUAGAGGCAGAAACUGUGAUUGUCGCACCAGAGAAUCAUUGUUGUCAGCUUGUGUAUGUCUAGUGAUUGUUUUCCAUGGAAAAUUUGAUUCUAAUAAGAUGAGAUUUUUUAUCAUGCCUUGCAUUUUGCUCCCCUUUCACUCUCUUUAA